UGUGAACAUAGUAUGCUGAACUUCUGGCAAACUGUAAGCAGAGGAAAUGUCUCUUCCAUGGUUGUGUUUUGCAGACUUAAUCAAUGAAGAUAUUCAGACCUGGAAUUCUCCAUGUCGGCAAGAAGUAAACAUCACAGCGUAUGUUAACUUCAUUUCAACCAAUGAAUCUAGCAGGAAAUCAUUCAAUCAAGAACACUGUGCUUUGACAUUUCCCAAACCACCCAUGCCAGGAAGAAAAGCAAGCUCAAGACUUUCAGAAUUACAGAUCACAGUUCCUGGGCAAGUCAAUACAAAAAUAGAGGAAGAUCAGAAGUCAGCUCUUACAUGGAUACAGAAUUCUUUAAAAUACUUUUUUCAAAGGCCAUCUAUUUACCUAACUUUCAAACUACAGGCUCCAUCUAGACAUCCUUAUGCUUCCCAAACCCAUCCUAUAGAGGCAGAAAAUAAGAACUCCAGAAAUGAUACAAAAGCAGCUUUGAAGAAAGAUUCCAAGGGAAAAAGAGAUUCACAUGGAACUGAUCCAGAAUACAAAAAAAAUGUAAAAGAUGAUAAACCCCAAAGAAAAAAUAAAGGAAAGAUAUCUCCAUCAAACUCAUCAAAUCAAAGUGAACUGAUUAAGAAGUCAAAGUCCAAGUCAGAAACAAGUCCAGUAUUCAAAGAUUCUAAGGUACUGUCAAAAGCUCUUUCAGAUUUUAAGAUAAAUUCAAAGAAUUCUGAGGAGUCAGAUACUGAAUCCAUAUGUAGAAAGAGCAAUCUAAACAAAGAUCCUAAAACAACUAAGAAAAAUUCUGAUAUCAAAUCAGAGCCUUAUUCAAUAAAUAAUUCAAAUGUCAAUUUAAUGAUGUGUGUAGAGGAGUCUGUCACUGAACCCAUGGGUUUUGACAUAUGGUUAAAGAAUUACUCACACAACAAUUCCAAGAAGAGUGCAAAAAAAGAGGCAAAGAAAGAUGCAAAGAAGAGCUCAGAUGCUGAAUCUGAAGACUCAAAAGUUGCCAAGAAAGAUACAAAAAAGGAUACGAAACCAGGAAAGAAAGAUGACAAAAAGAAGGAUGGAAAGGAUGCAGAAUCUACUGACGCUGAAUCUGGAGAUUCAAAAGAUUCAAAGAAAAAUGCAAAAAAAGAUCAGAAACCUGGCAAGAAAGAUGAUAAGAAGAAAGAUUCAAAAAGUAGUGCAGAAUCUACUGAUGCUGAAUCUGGAGACUCAAAGGAUGCAAAAACAGAUUUAAAAAAGGAUAAGAAAGCUUCCAAGAAAGACAACAAAAAGAAAGAUGACAAAAAAGGCACAGCCACUACUGAUUCUGAAUCUGAAGCAGGGUCAAAGAAGGGUAAGAAAGAUGACAAAAAAGAAAAGAAAGACAGUAAAACAAAAUCCACCAAGAAAGACUCAGCUUCUACUGAUCUUGAUACUGCAUCUAAAAGAGAGUCAAAAAAGGGCAAGAAAGAUGAAGAUAAGGAUAAGAAAGAUUCAAAGAAAACUGACAAAACGAAUGAAAAAAAGCCUGCAGAGUCCACUGGAAGUGAGUCUAAAUUGGAGUUAAAGAAGGGUAAGGAAGAUUCAAAGGAAAGGAAAGCUUCAAAGAAAGAGGUCAAGAAGGAAGCAAAGACGGACUCAGAAUCUACUCAUGCUGAAUCUGAUACGUCACUACAAGGACCUGUGUCUGAAAAGAUGCUUGAUGACUCAGAUGCCCAGAAGAAGAAAGUAUCUUUCCUAAAGAGAAGGUUUAAAAUGUCAUCUAAAAAGACGAGUGACAGCGGGGAAAAACCAAGAGAUAGAGAAACGUCAUCACUGUCUCCUUGUGAGCCUUUUCCACCAUUACGUAGUCGCAGAUGUCUCUGUCAGUGCAAGACUCCUCCUCCACCUCCAAAACCAAGAUAUGCUCCUUUGCCUGAAGUGAAGUGGAUUCAUAAGCUGCUUUAAAGAACACCUGAGCCUUUGGUUUCACAGAAUGGCCUUACCACAGCCAGCAUGAGCUACUACUCUCGAAUGAGCAAACCAACUUCUGUGGAACUGUAAUAAAUAAAAACAAGUCUUCCAUGAA